UUUCACCUUAACUAUUGCUGUGUCAGAUAAAUAGGACGCACUGGUUGUUGGGACUCCUCCUGACCAUCUUUCAAGACAUUCAGCAAAUCCAACCAAAGAUAAAAUGGAAAAAGGUAACAGACCUCCUCCAGAUACUGAAGGUACUUCAAAAAUUCCAGAUAUCCCAGCGCCACCAUAUCCUGGCCCGCCUUUGGACCCCCGUGUGCUCACAGGUCAGCCUAAUCAUCCUGCUGCUCAGAAGAACGCUCAGUACGACAACCAGCCAGUGUCCAAGUCUGUUCAUCAGGAGCAUUCCCAAGAUGUUAAUCAGCAGAAUCCUCAGCCUUCUACUCAGCCUGUUGGUCAGCAAAGUGCACAGCCAGUCCCUCAGCAAUACCCUCAACCUGGAGCUCAACAAUAUCCCCAACCUGGAGUUCAGCAACAUCUCCAACCUGGAGCUCAACAAUACCCCCAACCUGGAGUUCAGCAAUAUCCCCAACCUGGAGCUCAACAAUACCCCCAACCUGGAGUUCAGCAAUAUCCCCAACCUGGAGCUCAACAAUAUCCCCAACCUGGAGUUCAGCAAUAUCCCCAACCUGGAGCUCAACAAUACCCCCAACCUGGAGUUCAGCAAUAUCCCCAACCUGGAGCUCAACAAUAUCCCCAACCUGGAGUUCAGCAAUAUCCCCAACCUGGAGCUCAACAAUACCCCCAACCUGGAGUUCAGCAAUAUCCCCAACCUGCUCAGCAACCAGUUGUGCAGUAUAUUGCCACAACACAACAAAAUCAGGUUCUUCACUCAGGUAACCAGGUGUUGUUGGUGCAACACAUGCCCACUGACGUUGCUGGAACUAUGCUUUGUCCGCAUUGCAAGAACACUGUUGUGACCACGAUUGAAUACAAAGUGGGCAUGCUAACCUGGAUCAUUUUUGGAGUACUACUGUUAUUUUUCUGCUGGCCGUGCAGUUUUAUCCCCUUCUGCGUGAAUUCUUGCAAGGAUGUCCAGCAUUCCUGCCCGCAAUGUAACAACGUCCUGCACCUCUACAAACGGAGGUGAAAUCCAUCAGUGUCUGACACACAUGGUGGACAUCCAUUAAGAUGGACUGUAAAUACAUUUACUAAGUUUUCCUGAUGUCUUUUAUCAAGCUGUUAAAAUCUGACAUAAACUUGUACUGCUUUACUUUGAAUUAUGUUUCAUUGCUAAAGGGUUAUUUUUAUAACUGGGUAUGAUCAUUUUACUCAAGAGCAGGAGAAAUUCAGUUUUCUCUGACAAUAAAGGCUGUAGUAGGAAACUUAUCAAAAAUGUGUUUGACACUUUAAAAACUGUCACUAUCUUGUGACAGUUUAAUAUACCAUGGGGUAUUGUCAUCUAUAGAAAAACACUAGUCAGAGCCAGGAGGAGGGUCGUAGCACUGUCAAUCAUGCCUGUGUACAGGACGCAUGGUGUAAGUCUUGAUAACAAGGAAAAAACAACUUACAGUUACAGAAAAGCUAAUUAUCUGUCAUCAUCUUUGGCUUUGCUAAAUAUCCUGAGCAUUUAUGGCAGGCUCUGCUGACAGGGAGAAGCUGUAACGUAGCAAAGAGUAAGAGGGAGGCUGUGAGCAGUGCUAACAGAGGCAUGAUUGACAGCGCUAACAACCUCCUACCUCUGAUUGGUUGUUUCUGACAGUGUAUUUCUGCAUGACAGUGGGAUCACAGGAAGGAGGCUAUACUCUACUAUCACAACAUAGUGACACUUUUAGCAAAUUUGUAUAAAACAUAUCUUCUUAAUGAAAGUUACAUUACAUACAGCAGAUUUAAAUGUGAAAGCAAAGCCUUUGCUCAUCACCAUGUUAUUGAAUGUCUUUUUAAUAGACUGCUUUUGUUGAAACAUUGAUGUUUUAUUGAAACACUGAAAGAAGACUUUUUUAUUUAUACGAAUAAAUAAUUUUAUAAUUUUACAGUUGGAGCAUUAGCCAAUGUGUUAAACAUCUCAAAAGAUAUUUAAAAGCUAAUUUCUUGAAAAGAUUUGCAUGAAUGUCUGUUUUUAAUAAAAAUGUAAUAUGCUCAAAUCUUUUUAAAAUUAUUCAGUUAGUUUAUAUUGUAUGAUUCUGUGAACAUUUACUUAGUAAUUAUUACUCUAGACCAUGUAUUUAAAUAGUAAAUAAUCAUGAUUAAGUCAAAUUCUAAUUUUCAAGAUGUCAUUUGGAAUUUUUAGACCAAAUGUACUCAUUUAAAUUUAUAAUGUGAUAUCAUGUAUGUUUUAUGCUUUGAUUUGGGCGAGGAUGUGGUUUUGUUUUCGAAAGUAGAUUUCUUUCAAAAUCUGUAAAUAACACACUUCAGUUGUUCAAAAACUUAAAUGAAUCUCAUUCCAUGUAAAAUUAAACAAAAUCUUAAAAUAUUUAAAAAGAAAACUGAAAAAA